UGAAAAGUUAAAACAACCUUCUUCAAUGACUGAAUGGGAAAAACAGCAGGAACUAGAAGAAUUUGCUAGAGCUGCCAUGCUUUUUAAACCUUCGUCAUCUGCAUUAUUAAGUUCAAAAUUUGAAUCAAAAUCACAUCUUAGCGUAGAGCAUGAAGUAAUGUCUGCUCUGAAAAAACUUAAGGAUAAAGAAAUAAAACCAACAGUAGAAAACAGAAAACUGGUAGGCUCUUGCAAUCGAAAAUCUAUUGAAUGGCAUCCUGCAUCUCUGCUAUGCAAGCGAUUCAAUGUUCCUAACCCAUUUCCUAACUCAUCUGAAAAGUGGAGUUCCUUGUUUUCAGAAAGAUAAGUCAUCGCUUUUUGAAAAUUUAUCUUUUACAAAUGACAAACCUGAAAAAUGUGAUAACCCAGUGAUUAGUAUUGGCAUACCUAACAGUGCCUUAGAGAAAUCAGUUAGUAUGAACACAGGAGAUACUGCAAAAGAUACAUGGGAAGAGAAGAAUUUCAUUCAAGUACUUCCAGUUAAAAAUAGUGAGGAACAGUCAUCUGAAAGUAAAAGGCCACCAAUUGAUUUGUUCAAAGAUAUAUUUGAAAAUUCUUCUUCAGAAGAUGAAAAUUUAGAUGCUAAGCAAGAAAGAAAAGAAGAGUCGGCUUUUGGACCAGAAACAGAGGUGCAGUCCACAUCUUUGGUAUCUUCCCAAAAUACAGUCAUCUGUGAUAAAAUGACUGUAACUUCUAAUAACAAUGGCACAACAAGAUCUAAAACCUCUUCAUUCAACAAAAGAAUUGGUUUGGGAGUUUUUGAAAACUUAGAUUUAGAUACUUUAAACCAAAGAACUCGAGUUAAGGAAAGUUCUUUCACAAAAAAUUCCGAAACAAAAGAGUCUGAAACUUUUGUUGAAAAACUAAAUAUUAAAGAUGCCAAAGAAAGCAUUGACCAUGAUUCACAAUAUGUAACAAAGUUACCUGAUGAAUUUUAUGGACCUGAACUCCCUCCUAAUUAUUGCAGUACUCCAAGUUCUAAUUCUGCCAGAACUGAAUCUCACAGGCAUUCAAAACACAAGGUGAAACAUAAGCACAAACAUAAACACAAGCAUAAGAAUAGUAAAAAAAGGAAGAAGAAAAAGAGUUCCAGGAAAACAUCUGAUGAAGAGUCAUCGGAAUCAGAUGAAGAUAUACCACCAGCAAUAAUAAUUGAGAAGUUGAUGAAGAUACAGAAAAUAAGAAGAUGAAUUAUAUGAAACAAGAAACUGAGCUGGGCAUAUGUGUGUUCUGUUGCAAAUAAUUUACUGUACAUAGAAAAUCAUCUUCAAAUAAAAUAGUCAAUAUUUUUGUGAAUUAUAA